UCUACUGGGAGUGCUACUUUCGCUGAAGCAAAGACGUUUGCUCAAGGGAGAUAAAACAGAACGACUAGGAGCCUACAAGCGUACGCUGAUACUACCAAGGCCUUUUAAUAACACGUAAAGUAUCAACACGUUCAUUCAUUCGCGGGCCGCUGUUGGCUGAGCCCGCGGCGACGUUUCUCUCACAGGGAGUAGCUUGCUCCCCCUCUCUGCUCUCUCGCUCCCUGCAGCAGCCAUAUUGGAAUGCUGGAUCUGGAGAGGGGGAAGCAGGAACAAGCGACGAGAGAAGGAGAGGGGAGAUAGGCAGGAGCGAAAAAACAGUAAUUGCGACUACUUCCAGCUCCUCAACUGAAAUAACGGAUUAUUUACCGACUGUGAACGGUUGUACACGCCGGCAAAGUCAAGUCAAACUUCUCGGACGUAGCCUGGAAGAAGUCGACUAACUUGGAGCAGUUAAAAGGAAGACAGACCCACUGCCACCAAACUCGUCGCCACAGUCACAUGGAGUGAAUGUGGAGUAACGUUAACUACAACCUACGAUAUUUCCAGGAUUGCCUACUACACAGAAUAUGACAGACACCUAGCAGCAGCAGUAUCAGCAGGGAAAACCAUGGCGACAGCCUACCUGGACCCCAACCUGAACCAUGCCUUCCUGGAAGGUGCCAAGUCACGUCUGAGUGCGGGGGGGUCGGACCGAACCAUGGCCGGCUCCGUGGACAGGGUUCUGAAAGUCUUUCAUCACUUUGAGACCAACACUGAACACAGCUGCUGGUCCUCCAAUAUCAGAUAUGGAGAUGCAACUGAUGUCCGGGGAAUCAUCCAGAAAAUUCUGGACAUCCAUAAAGUCCGCUGGACAUCUUGUUUUGGUUUGCGUCUCAGCAACAGCCAAUCCAGAGACCAGGUUCACUGGCUCCACCCUGAUAUGGGCGUGUCCCACGUCAGAGAGAACUAUGAACAGGCACGACCAAACGAGGAGUGGAGGUAUGAGUUAAGGAUCCGGUAUCUUCCAAAGGGCUUUGUGCAGCAAUUUACAGAAGACAAACCUACACUCAACUAUUUCUAUCACCAGGUGAAGAAUGACUACAUGACAGAGAUUGGGGAUCAGGUGGAACAGGAUGUAGCCCUCAAACUGGGCUGUUUAGAAAUCCGGAGGUUCUUCAAAGAGAUGAGAGGAAACGCCCUGGACAAGAAAUCCAACUAUGAACUACUUGAGAAAGACGUUGGUUUGAGGCGUUUUUUCCCGAAAGACCUGUUGGAUUCAGUCAAGGCUAAAACUCUCCGUAAGUUGAUUCAGCAGACGUUUAAGCAGGUAGCCAAUCUCAACGAUGAGCAGUGCAUCCUGAAGUUCUUGGAGAUACUUGCACCAAUCCACCGCUAUGACAAGGAGUGCUUCAAAUGUGCCCUCGGGUGCAGCUGGGUGAUCCAGGUGGAGUUAGCCAUCGGGCCAGAGGAAGGGAUCAGCUACCUCACUGACAAGGGAUCCACGCCCACCCAUCUAGCCAACUUUAACCAAGUUCAGUCCAUCCAGUACUCUGCUAUGGAGGAGAAGGACAGGAAAGGGAUGCUACAGCUCAAUGUAGCUGGAGCUGCUGAGCCUCUCACAGUUACAACAGCGUCACUGACCAUGGCAGAGAACUUGGCUGACCUGAUUGAUGGUUACUGUCGGCUCAUCUCAAUGGAAACUCAUUCCUUCAUCGUCAGAGUUCAGAAAGAGGGAGAGAGAGCUCUGCCUUCCAUCCCAAAAGUGUCCAAUAGCGAGAAAAAGUUGGAUGCAGUCAGGAGUGGAGUUCGAGCAAUCUCUGUCUCGGAGGAUCUUAGUGGGGAUGAAACUGAUGACUAUGCUGAGAUAGUUGAUGAAGAGGACACUUACACCAUGCCGUCCACUCGGGAUUAUGAGAUCCAGAGGGACAGGAUAGAGUUGGGCCGCUGCAUUGGAGAGGGUCAGUUUGGAGAUGUACACCAAGGAGUCUAUAACAGCCCGGACAAACCAGCUCUGCCUGUCGCCAUUAAGACCUGUAAGAACUGUACAUCGGACAGCGUGAGAGAGAAGUUCCUACAAGAAGCAUUGACAAUGCGUCAGUUUGACCACCCUCACAUUGUUAAACUGAUCGGAGUGAUCACAGAAAACCCUGUGUGGAUCAUCAUGGAGCUCUGUACGCUUGGAGAGUUGCGUUCGUUCCUUCAGGUGAGGAAGUACAGUUUGGAUUUGGCAACUCUCAUUCUGUUUGCCUACCAGCUCAGCACGGCACUGGCAUAUCUGGAGAGUAAACGCUUUGUACACAGGGACAUCGCAGCUCGCAAUGUCUUGGUCUCUUCAGUGGACUGUGUGAUGCUCGGCGACUUUGGUCUGUCACGAUACAUGGAGGACAGCUCCUACUACAAAGCUUCUAAAGGUAAACUUCCCAUCAAAUGGAUGGCUCCUGAAUCUAUCAACUUCAGAAGAUUCACUUCUGCCAGUGAUGUGUGGAUGUUUGGUGUGUGCAUGUGGGAGAUCUUGAUGUACGGCAUCAAGCCUUUCCAGGGGGUGAAGAACAACGACGUGAUUGGCAGGAUAGAGAACGGCGAGCGAUUGGCUAUGCCUCCUCAAUGCCCGCCCACCCUCUACAGUUUGAUGACCAAAUGCUGGGCCUAUGACCCCAGCAAGCGGCCGCGAUUCACCGAACUCAAAACACAACUCAGCACCAUACUGGAGGAAGAGAAGCUUCAGCAAGAGGAGAGACUUCGAAUGGAGAUGAGGAGACAAGUGACCGUGUCCUGGGACUCUGGAGGGUCUGAUGAAGCACCGCCAAAACCCAGUAGACCAGGCUACCCCAGUCCUCGCUCCAGUGAGGGCUUCUUCUCCAGUCCCCAGCUCAACCACUUCCCGCCGUCAGCCCAUGGUGGUGUAGGAGGAGUAGGAGGCAGCUACCCUCCUACUGAUUCCUGGAAUCAGCACAGAUCUGAACACACUGCACUGUGGAGCCCGAACAUGGAGGACAGUGGCCAGGCCCUGAUGGAGGAGAGGCUGAUGAUGCAGCAGCAGCAGAUGGAGGACGACCAGCGGUGGCUGGAGCAGGAGGAGAGCUUCAUGAAGACAGAGUCCAGAAACAGCAGAGGAAGCAUGGACAGAGAGGACGGCACACUACAGGCACCGAGUGGAAGCCAGCAUAUCUACCAGCCUGUAGGGAAACCAGAGCAUGUGGCUCCUCCUAAGAAACCACCCCGCCCUGGAGCUCCUGGUCACCUGGCCAGCCUCUGCCCUGUGGACAGCUACAACGAGGGGGUCAAGCCGUGGAGGCUGCAGCCUCAGGAGAUCAGCCCGCCCCCCACCGCCAAUUUGGAUCGUUCGAACGACAAAGUGUACGAGAAUGUGACGGGGUUGGUUAAAGCUGUGAUUGAGAUGUCCAACAGGAUUCAACCCGCAGCCCCAGAGGAGUAUGUCCCAAUGGUCAAGGAAGUGGGUCUGGCGCUGAGGACUCUGCUAGCAACAGUGGAUGAGACACUUCCUGUGCUGCCAGCCAGCACACACAGAGAGAUUGAGAUGGCCCAGAAGCUGUUGAAUUCAGAUCUGGCUGAGCUGAUAUCAAAGAUGAAACUGGCCCAACAGUAUGUCAUGACAAGUUUACAAAAGGACUACAAGAAACACAUGCUAAUGGCAGCUCACGCCCUCGCAGUCGAUGCCAAGAACCUGCUGGAUGUCAUCGACCAAUCACGACUCAAGAUGAUCAGGAUUUAAUUGGAAAGAGUUUCUGCGUGCGGUAGCUCCUAGCCAAUCACAAACGAGAACAUUUGGAUGGAUAUCAGUGAUGGAUGGAUGGAAAAAAGAUGAACUUCUGGAGACAGCAGACAUGACUGACUGAAACAAUCAGCGCCCUCUUCUCCUCCAACAUUCGUCGUUUCCUUUUUCCACUCCGCCGACGGCCAUGUUUUGGUCGAUAUUGUGUUGUUUUGUACUUUCGUUGCAUUAUUUUGUUUUGUAUCCAGAGAAACGCUCUUCUUCUCCCCACCACGUAUCCUCAGAUGAAUUCAAAAAAAGAAAAAAGAAAAAAAAAAUCAUCCAUUGCUACUUUUUAAUAUUUUAAUGUCGCAGAGGUUCACUUGAAGGGAACUGCAGAGAUAUUUUGGUGAAUGGAUGCUCCAAAAUCUGACGCUUAAACACUAAACUCCAAGUGUGCAGGAUGUAACAACUGGAACUGAAGUGACAGGAUUAAGGAUGAUGAUGAAGACAAUAUGAUGAUGAUGAUGAUGAUGUUGUUUAAACAUGCUUUUAUAUCAUUAUUAAUUGUUAUUAUUAUUACUAUUUUCAGCCUCGUCUCUCACAGUAUGUGUCUGUGUCUGCUUUUCAGUCUUACUCUUAAAAAUUGUAUGGGCAAAAAGUCAUUGAUUUACAGCUUCUGAUGUUUUCAAGUCUUUUUCUCAUCUGCUCUCUAGUUCUCUUUAUCUCAGGCAUCAAAAGAUCGCAUAGAAAAAUUAAAUAUAUAAAGCUGAAUUUUGAAGAACAAACUAAAAGUCACAGGCCACUUUUUCUUAAGUUAACUUGCAUAGUAAAUAUACAAAGAAGCUAUAUUUUUAACACGUCUCUGAGGCAUGAAUUGUUAGUGAAUAAGGGAGAGGGAUGAACAGGGGGCAAAGUGGAGGGAGGGCGGAGGGAUUGAGUUACAGUGGAGGUGCUGAACCUGUGCCAAAUUAGCUGCAAUUGACUAAAAAGGAACAUUUCACUCAAAAUGCUCCAUUGUUUUACUCAAUAAUAACAGUUUUUAGCAGCUGUUUGUCGUUCUUGCAUUAAAAAAUGUAGAAUUGUCGUCAGUAGCGUUCUUGCUUUUGUAUGUUCAAGCCAUGUAUGUUGUGUUGUUGUCCUUCAGUCCUACUCGUAAAUGUUCACUCAACAAGAAGCAGCGCAGGCUUUCAGUUGCCACCCCUCUUUGUCAAAUUGUCUUUCGUCAGUCCAGGAACUGGAUUUUCAGGAACACUUUAACAAAAAUCCUGGUUCAUAUUAAGAGUAGAGUUCAACAUUAGUAACAAACAAAUGACAUUUUCAUAUACAACUAACUGGACUUAAAGUUAUUUGGAGCUCAAGAUUUGUUUGUUUUAUGGCUGCCUAACAGACUGGUGGACAAAAAGGGUGCAUGCCUUGUUCGGGUGGGGUUCGGGUGUUAUCAUUUAAAUUGUUCACCAUAACUUUGCUCUUAAUCUCUUCUCCAUCAGCCCUCCUGUUUUCCUUCCCUGUCUUUUAACCUGAUUCUGCCUGUGAUACCGUCCCUCCCCUCGGCUUCGGCUUCCUCUCGUCCCUCUCUGAUUCGCUCUCCGUUCCGCUGUUCGCUCUCCCCUGAGGUGAACAGUAUUCUCAGGAAGGAGUCACAUGUAGGUCUUCAGUUGCUAAACCAAGCAAAUAAAACACUGUUAUCGUUUAAAGAAA